GGAUGUUAAGUAGUUUACGUUAACAUUGUUGCUGUGUGUACAGUUGAAGUGUUUGUUGUUUACAAGAAGUGUUGUCAAUUUUAAAGCGUAAUUGAGUAAUUGUUGGCAAUUAAUCUCAUUAUCCUUGAGUGAAUCUUUGCACAUUUGAAGCGUCUUUUCCUUCGGCCUUUACAUAGCCUACUCAGUUGACCAAAAUGGAAGAUAUAUUUCAGUGGUGCAGAGAAGGUAACGCUAUGCAGGUUCGUGUGUGGCUUGACGACACCGAACAUGACAUGAAUCAAGGAGAUGACCAUGGCUUUAGUCCACUGCACUGGUCAUCCAAGGAAGGGCACUUGAAAAUAGUUGACCUACUGAUACUGCGUGGAGCUCGGAUUAAUGCAACCAAUCGAGGAGAUGACACGCCUUUACACUUAGCUGCUGCACAUGGUCAUCGCGAUAUAGUUCAAUUGUUAUUACGAAAUAAUGCAGAUGUGAACUUCACAAAUGAACAUGGAAAUACUCCUUUACAUUAUGCGUGUUUUUGGGGUUACCAAGAAAUUGCACAAGAUCUAGUUCAGCGUGGUGCUCUUGUUUCAUUGGCAAACAAGGAUGGUGAUACUCCACUCGACAAGGCUCGUGGAUCCUUAGCAAAACGUCUCCAUGAUUUGGCCUUGGAAAAUAACCAAGACCUCAAGAAGAUAAAUUUCAAAGAUCAAAGCUGGCUUGGACUGAAGACGAGAAGUAGAGAUGCUACUCUAUCUCGUCACAAGGGCAUCAAUAUUGCAGACUUGGCACUGCAUACAAAAAUAGCAACUUCACCAUCUGGAGAGACUUGGCGUGGCCGCUGGCAGAAGAAUGAAAUUGUGGCAAAAAUUCUAGCUAUUCGAGAAUGUACAUCUCGAAUCUCGAGAGAUUUCAAUGAAGAGUUUCCAAAAUUACGGAUAUUCUCCCAUCCAAAUGUACUACCAGUAGUUGGUUGUUGCAAUUCCCCACCAAACUUGGUUGUUAUUAGUCAGUAUAUGCCUUGGGGAUCCCUGUAUACGCUUCUUCAUGAAGGUACUGGUAUAGUAGUGGAUACAGCACAAGCAAUUCGAUUUGCCUUGGAUGUUGCACGAGGAAUGGCAUUUCUGCACAGCUUGGAACGUAUUAUCCCUCAGUACCAUCUGAAUAGUCGUCAUGUUAUGAUAGAUGAUGAUCUGACUGCACGAAUUAAUAUGGCUGAUGCGAAGUUCUCAUUUCAAGAGAAGGGUAGAGUUUACUACCCAGCUUGGAUGUCUCCUGAAGCACUGCAGAAGAAACCAAGUGAAAGAAACUGGGAGGCUUGUGAUAUGUGGAGCUAUGCAAUUUUACUGUGGGAGUUAGCAACCCGGGAAGUGCCAUUUGCGGAUUACUCACCAAUGGAAGUGGGUAUGAAGAUUGCUUUGGAAGGUUUACGGAUCAGUAUCCCACCAGGGAUUUCAUCACAUCUAGCUAAAUUGAUUAGAAUAUGUAUGAAUGAAGAUCCAGGGAAGAGGCCAACCUUUGAUAUGGUUUUGCCUAUUCUUGAUAAAAUGAAACGAUAAUUGGCACAUCGUCUGUUUUACAGCACAUGUUCAAGUGUACACCCUAUUCAGAAUUACUUUGUGAACAGUGGCAGAUUCUUUUCUGUGUCAGUCAUUGUUGCUGGGUUGUGCUGAUAAGGCAUAACAUCUAACAUACAUUGAUGACAACCAUGUUAGCAAAAAUUGUGUCACAAAAUUACUUUAGUUACUCAAGAAGACAAUACAAAAUUAUAGCAUAGCUCCAGGUAACAUAAUAUUCACCAAAUUUGGAAGUGGAUAUGCAGUUGUGACACGAAAGUUUUGAUAGCAGUGUUCAUAUACAGCUGCAAUGCAGAUGACUUUUAUUUUGCAGCAGUUCUAUUGUAACUAGGUGCCACAGUAUAUCACAAAGAAAUUUUGAGUAGGACUGAAUAGCUAUGGGCUGAUACACACAAUAUUGUGUGUGUGUGUACACGGGGGUGGGGUGGUUAACUUUUAUUCAAAUUUGACACAGAGGAUAGAGAUAUAAGAAGUGAGUGCAGUUUCUUAUUUUUACAUAACCAUAAGGUUUCCUAAGCAUAAUUGCAGAAAGUGGCUUCUUUAUUGGUGCUGCUUGUCAGUGAUGUUUAUCACUAGUCUGAUAAUAGUGCCUUAUUGUACCAUAGGUGUAUGCCAUUGAUAGCACAUUUAUGAAACAAACUACCUAAUUUUGCUUAGCAUUUUAGAAUUUUUAUUGCAAACACUGCCAUGUAUUUUUAGAUCUCAGAAGGUGAGUUCUCCAAUAUAGAAAGUUGAUAUGCCUUCCACCAUAAACUUUUCAUAGUUUCUAUAUGAAGUGCCUUGUUUUUGAGGAUGUGUUUAUAUUUACAUAUCAAUUUACCUAUGUUGUAUCAAGAGACUAAUCAAAUCUUAUGAUAAAGAAGGAGCAUAUUUUUGUUGUUUAGACUUCCAUGUACAAGCUGUUUACUAGUAAAGACAGUAAUAUCACGUAUUAUAUUUUAAAACUGGAUGUCGAAAGAAAUGCGCACAUUCUUGUUCUUCCCAUAAGUGCCUAAUUGAGUGUAACUUAGUACACACAGAAGGCUUGCCAGUAGUCUUAUUUUAUCAUAGUUUUGUCAGUAUUUUGUCAUUGCUUUUUGUUUUUUUUAUCAUGUUAGAAUCUCAUAAGUUCUUUGUUUAUUUAAUAAUACUCAUUUCAUUGGUAAUGUCAUUAACAUUUGUCAUGCACAUAAUUCAUUUGAAUAUUUGGAUGCACUGUCCUAGUGUCAGCAUCAACACGUGAUAUUAAAGAAUAGCAGUAUUUCGGAUUGUGGAAAUGAGGAAAGGCAGCUGCAGGCACAUGGUGCAAUUUUAUGAGCAGUUAAUUGUGUCAAACAUCAAUCAGCUGCAAGUGAGUGGUUGCCUUUUCUCAAUUUUGUUUGAUGUUUCAGAUAAUAAAAUUGUAUGGUUACAGAAUAGGACACUUACAGAACCAUAAAUGCUAUCUUCUGUAAUUUUCUUACAAAAUGAGGCAUCUUUUCAGUUAUAUUACACACAGAGUGUGAGUGUUUUUUAGUCUUGACUUAUUUCAUCCCCUGUGUUCCUUUUAUACUUCAGUCAACAAUAAGAGUCAGUAACUUAUAGGUUGAUAUUUUCCGUAAUACACAAUUUCCUUCAGAAGACAUGUUGCAGAAGCUGUUCUGUUGCAGUAUGAGAGGUAGCCAUUUCAUGUGCUCCUAGAGUUUUCACUGCUGUUGUUCAUUAAGCUGUAUCGCACUUGAAACUGAUUUAUAUUAUUCACAGUUUUUACUAAGUUUAUAUUUGAGUUGGUCAUUUUUCAGUCAGAAUGUAGAUGCCCCUGUACAGUGCUACCUAAUUUAUGUUUGAAAUGUAGGGUAGCACUAGGAUGUUAAGUAUAACAUCUCUGUAAAAAUGAAACUCCAUUAAAUCUUUAGAAUACCCAUUUUUUUCCUUCCUCUCCUCAGCUGUGGAAAUGUGACUUCCUGAGACAAAAGGCAGUGCAUGUUACUGCCUCUUAUGCUGUGAUAUCCAGUCACUGAAACUUCUUCAUGUCCUUAAUACAAGAAGAUACAUAUUUUCAGAUAUUUUUAAUUGCAUAUGUGUGUGCAUUCAUGAUAAGUAACAGAUCUUAAGUACAAUGUUAAACUUACAUAAGAAUUAAAUAUUGUGUUUGUUGGUACUUAGAUUGUUGCACUUUGGUUUCUGUUUAAGAAGCAUUAUGAGCUUGUGGCUGAUAUUUUAUUUGUCCAUGAGCUGAUUUGUUUCAUCAUUUUGUGAGAGAAUGUUAAGUAAAACAAGAGUGAUUUUGUGUAACAGUAAGAAACUCGAAAAUAAACCUUUUGUUUUUAGUUUCAAGUUAUUUUUUGUAUGCUUUUCACAUUCAUUUUUUGUAUUACAUUUUAAAUUUCAUUUUGUGUUUCUCAAGGCUAAAUUCAUAGCAGUUCUGUAGUGGAAUAUCUUACUCAUUAAAAGAGUAAUUGCGUUACUGAGCAUUUGUGACAAAUUGAACCAUGUGCUGGACUAAGACUUAAAUUUGAAAUGUCUUUUGUUGGAUGUGGAGGAUUAGAUGCAGUCCAGCACAUACUUACCUGAUGUCAAGGAUAUUAAUUUCAGCCCAUUACACUGGUAAACACAUGUUGGCUCUCUUGGGAAUGUUUGUUAUUUUGUGUCCAUUUUUUCCUAAAAUUACUCAGUAUCUGCUGCCCACAUGCUUGUGUGAAAUUAUAGGUCAGCAUUUAGGCAGCUUGCAUUGAUUGUGUGGAAUCUCAAAACGUUGCAUUGUAGCAUAGCAUAUGACAUUUUGAAAAUUCUUAUUGAUGGAGAUAUUGGUGUAGUUCUGGGUAUCUUGUGAAGAUUGUACGUAUAAUUUGUCAAAUUUCGUUCCACUUUAAAUGGCUAUUUUUUGUAUCUAAUAAUGUUUAUUUCGUUUUAGUAUUAAACUCCCUAUCUUUGUGUGAAUUAGCUGGAGUAUUAUAAUCUUACUUUUGAUGUUCUAUUUUUAUGUUGUUGUCUAUAAAAUAUUAAUUUAUUAAUGAAGUUAAUUGCUUGAAGAGAUGUCUUUAUGUUUCUAUUUGAAAACACAUAAUGUAUUACCAUUGUAACAUUUAACAUAAUUUUGAAGUGUAUCAUUUCAUUGUUAUUGUGGAUAUUAGUUAUUACUAUGGAUUUGUGAUGAGUAUAUUUCCCUCAGUAUUUAAACACUAGCCAGAGCUGUACGAAAAUUAGACUUAUUUUGGGUGAAGAGUGUAGCAUUCUGUGGAAUCUUACACUUUUUUGGCCCCCAUCUAUUAAUUUAAAUUACCUUUGGAUCUUUUUAUUGACAUAGCACAAUAAAAUAAGGGUUCACAUAUGACAACAUGCAUUACAAGUGAUACUGUGGAUUUCGUAGCUUACAAAGGCUCACUUUUUAGUUUUUCUCCAGAAACCAUGUUUGUUAAUUUUUUUGUUACAUUUUCAAAGUGGAACAUCUAAGAAAUAAGUAGAACUUCUGAUAAAUACUGAUUGUGAACACAGAUACUUUGUAACCAAGCUAACCUAGUGUUAGCUUUAAACUAUAUAUUUCAGAAUCAUUUCCAUAGUAAAUACACAUUUAAACUACA